AUUAUUAAGUUUGCAAUAACGCUUCCCUUUCAUUUCUUGAGAGCUUCUUCUUCUUAUUCUUCGUCUUCUCCGUUUUGGCGUUGAACUGAUGAGCAGAGCAAUGGAGCUCCAAACCAGCAACAAUGGCGGCGAAGAUUUGGAUUCGUGUAUCAAAACGGAGUUUCAAGAACCCAUUAAUGGUGGACCUCAUGGUGCUUAUGAGCCACAGUCUGUUUUUGAAGACGAUAGCGCUUGUUCCACUCCUUAUGUUAGUGCUCCUUCGAGUCCCGGACGUGGUCCUGUUGGUGGAUUCUAUUACAGUGCUCCGGCUAGUCCAAUGCAUUUUGCUAUAACUAAGUCUUCGAACUCUUCCUCUCAGUUUUCGUCGUCGAAGGACAGUCAUUCGUUUUCGUUCGAGUUUGAGUUUUCCGGGAGGUUUGGGUCUAAUGGGUCGGGUUCAGUAGGGUCUAUGAGCUCAGCGGAUGAGUUGUUUUUGAACGGAAAGAUCAGGCCGAUGAAACUCUCGACUCACUUGGAGCAGCCGCAGGUUUUGGCGCCAUUGUUGGAUCUGGAAGGAGAAGAUGAAGAUGAUGAAGGGGGUGAAAUUGUUGGGUAUGUAAGAGGGAGAGAUCUGCGGCUUCGGGAUAAAUCUCUCCGGCGAAGAACCAGAUCUAUGUCGCCGUUGAGAAAUACGCCGGUGGAAUGGACUGAAAAUGACGAUGAGGAUUUGAAUGCAGAGGGGUUUCUUGAAAACGAUUCAGAAGAAGGGAAAACGGUGAAGAAGAGUGAAGAAGAAGGGUUUAUGAGUUCAGAAACGACGACUCCUUCAGUUUCAGCUUCGUCGUCAAGAUCUUCAUCAGCAGGAAGAAACUCGAAGAGAUGGGUUUUUUUGAAGGAUUUUCUAUACAGAAGCAAAAGUGAAGGAAGAAGCAGUAAUCACAAAUUCUGGUCCAACAUUUCUUUUUCUUCAGCAAAAGAGAAAAAACCAACAACAAAUCAAGCAGCAUCCACUUCCACUUCUUCUUCCACUUCUUCAACGAAGCAAAAAGCUACGAAACCAUCAGCACAGAAGGUGAAAGGGGGAAGUGGGCAAGUUCCGGCGAAGAAACCGGCGACCGGAAAACCUACGAACGGUGUCGGGAAACGGCGCAUUCCGCCGUCGCCUCAUGAGCUGCACUACACAAAAAACAGAGCACAAGCAGAGGAGUUGAGGAAGAAGACAUUCUUGCCUUACAGACCCUUGCUUGGCUGCUUGGGGUUCAGCUCAAAGGGUUAUGGAGCUAUGAAUGGCUUUGCAAGAGCCUUGAACUCUGUCUCUUCCAGGUAAAAAAAAUGAAAAAAGAAAAAAAAAAGAUAAAUAAGAUCAAUCAGAUAUAGCUAGCUUUUUUCAUUUCAAAGAAAAUUGUAUAGCAAUUUUUCCUUUUUCUUUUCCUUAAACUUGCUCUAUGCUAAGAUGAUGAUUAUAUUAAUGUAUUCUUGUUAUUGAUUUGAUCCUCUUUUUUUCACUCCAAGAGAUCUAAGUUUCUGAGACCCAAUCUCUAAGAGGGUCUUUGUAGAAUCUAUAAAUUAAUGGGGUGUUUUCUUUUUUAACUCCCCAAUAUGGCUUUUGUGUUAAGUUACUGUUCAUUCCAGCAUUGUAAUAUAUACCCAUUUUCUCCAUGAAUCUGUGUCUUAGAUGAGCCUUACUUGGCUUGUUUAAGUUAUGAUAAUGGAAGUAAGAACAACUUCACUUGUACUAACAUCUUUUAUUCAAAUGUUUCUCUAAUGGAGUUGAUCUGUUGAAUUUUUGUAGCCUUUUUCUCUGAUUUAUUGAUUUUUUUCCUUUUUAGAACUAUGAUCAAAUAACUAGUAAAGAAAUCCAUAACUUUGCAAACGUUUUUAGUUGUACUAAUUUAUAAACAUAGGACGGAGGAACUUCCAAGAGAGAUGUUAUCCAGAUUAAAAGAAAGUAAGUCUAAAAAAACAAUCAUCCAAAUGUAUUUGAUUGAGUUUUGUUCUAAAAAGUUAGAAUCCUUGUUUUUUCUUUUUCUUUUCCUUUUAAUAACUUGGGUAUCAAAGAAUACACUCCUUGCAUUAUGCUCAUGGCCCACCUCUACUGAUCUCCAAAGAGGUUCCACCCACCCUAAAGCCAGAUCCAAGAGACAACAAGGAUUUUAGAUUCUUAAAUUUUUCACUUGUGACACUAGACUUUAUAGAAUAUAUCCAAAUGUCUCCAAGUCCUAACCUCCAUAGCCAUCAUAAGCUAUUUUCUAUAAGCAACUUGGGAACAACUUCUUAGAUUUCCCACUACCUUUUCCACUUUUGCCAAAAAAUAAAAGUGCAUCCAAGAAAAAAAAAAAGAAAGAAAAAAAAAAGAUUGUAAUGUGUUCGAAUCUGUUACAUUUUAUUAUGGUUGUGCGAUGAUGAGUGAUUUAUUAGUGACUUUUACGGGGGUUGUGUUGAAAGAUGAAAACCUAAACUAAAAAGUGAUGAUGAUUGAUGAUGAUGAGAGAGAAUUUUGAUUUUGGUUAGUGAGAAAUGAGAGCAAUUAUAGGGCUAUGGCUCACAUGUUGAUGGGACAUUGCUGUGUGAGGGCAACAGAAGAAGGCCCCAUGUUAACCUACGGAUCCGCAAGGGGAUGACUCAUUUACAGACAAAUAGCAAGAGAUAACUUUAUGUUCUCUUGGUGCCAUUCUUAUCUUUUGUGGCCCAGCCAACCUCUUUUUCUACCUCCCACACGUUGUUGCCUGGAUGCUUGAAAGAGAUUUUAGGUAAAUUUCUUUCCCUUUUUUCUUUAUAACUUUCGAUUAUCGGGUAAAAGGCAGUGUUUUACAAAGUCCUCUCAAGUGUUCUCCUAGAUGCACUAAGGCGCUAGCCGCAGCUAGUGCCUUGCCUAGUCAAGGUGACGCUCACAAAAUAAGGUAUGGAUAGGCACACGUCUUUUAAGAAGAUACAGCAUGCUAGGCGUGAGACGCUGGUUCAGGACAGGUUUAUUUUUCAUAUUUUUACUUCAACUAUGGUUUCUUGUAUUUAUGUAGUCUACCUUUAUAUACACUGCUUCUCAAAAGAAACAAAGAUGCUAAUUUUUCUCGCUGCUUGCGCUUAAGCCGUAGAAGACUAUUGCGCUUGACCCUACUCUCCUUAUAUGCUAUGCAUGUCCCUGUCCCAUAAUCUACGGGGAGGUUUUGCCCACCCCAAAACCAACCCUGAGAGACAACAGUUUCACAUUAUUAGGGUUUUGGUUCGAACUAUGCAUUUGGGUGGAUGAGGGUGUAUGGAAAUCUUCUAUGGUUGCUCUAGCCCCUAGUACAUGUUCCCUUUAUUAUUGUUGAAUCAUAUGAUCAAUAGAUCUAUUAUUUUAUAGAGUAGGGUAUACACUGUUAAUUUA